GCUUAUUCAUCAUCCACUCUUGUUCUUUUGCAAAUAGUCAACCACAGGAAGAAUGGCCUUUGUAUCGACGCGAGCGAGCGCUGUGCGCCCGGCGUCUGGCCUCGCGAGCUUUGAGACGACCGUGCUAUCCGGCUACGCGUCCGACGGCGGUCUGUUCAUGCCGCAGCACAUCCCGACCAUCACUGCGAGCGACCUCGCCGCGUGGCAGUCGCUGAGCUACGUCGGACUCGCCAAGCAGAUUUUGCCGCUCUUCCUCACAAACCCAGCAGAUCAAGCCGCGCUCCCCGUCGCCGCCCUCCACGACAUCCUCGAUGCGUGCUUUGCAAAGUUUGACAACCCGGAAAAUGUCUUGCCGGUGGUGCCGUUGAUGUUGCCGCAGAACGCGAGCACGGGCGGAGCUCCACAGCAAGUGCUGGUGGCCGAAAUGUGGCAUGGACCAACGGGCGCGUUCAAGGAUUUGGCCUUGUCGCUGCUUGGCCGAUUGCUCGAGCAUUACCUGUCACGUACGGGUGAGCAUCGCACGAUUGUUGUUGGAACGUCCGGCGACACGGGCUCGGCCGCCAUCGACUCGGUGCGGGGCAACACGAGUGUUGACAUUGUCGUGCUCUUCCCCGAAGGCCGAAUCAGCCGCGUGCAAAUGCUGCAGAUGGCACUUGUGCGUGAGCCAAACGUGCAUGUCUACGCAGUGGAUGGCUCAUCGGAUGACCUGGACGUGCCGAUUCGAAACGUUUUGAACGAUCGCGAAUUCAGCGCCCGCCACCGCCUCUGCUCGAUCAACUCUGUCAACUGGACCCGCAUUAUGAUGCAAGUGGUGCACUUUUUCUUUGCCUAUCUGCGUGCCGUGCCCGCGUCAGCUCUUGCCCAGUUGCCCGAGGUUUCGGUCGUCGUGCCAACCGGCGCGUGCGGAAACAUUGCCUCGGGCAUGCUUGCGCGCCAAAUGGGUCUGCCCAUCAAGAUGGUAGCUGCCGUCAACCAGAACGACAUUGUGCACCGCGCGCUCACCACGGGCGUGUUUUCCCUGGCUGGAAAUGUGGUCGUGUCGCUCGCUCCCUCGAUGGAUAUUCAGGUGCCGUACAACCUUGAGCGCAUUCUCUAUCUCGCCAGCAAUCGCGACCACGAGUUGGUGACCAAGUUCUGGACGCAGUUUGAGCACACAGGCUCGGCCACCAUUCCCGAACCGCUGCUCGCCUCGCUUCGCGCUGGUCUGAGCUCGCACGCUGCCAAUGACAACGAUGUGACCGACACCAUUCGACAGGUGUACGACAGCACGAAUGGCAGCUACGUGUUGGAUCCGCACACGGCCAUCGGCGUCCAUGCUGUUCAUGCGGGACGGGUGCGUAGCAGCUCACCGGCCAUUCCCGUCGUGUGCAUGGCCACCGCAACGCCUGCAAAGUUCAGUGACAGCAUUGUCAAGAUUAUUGGCAAACCCGUGCCGCUUCCCCCGUCCAUGCGUCAGGCGCUCGACCGCGAUGACCCCUCAGGCACUCUAGCCAACGAAAACAACCUCGACACGGCCCUGCCUGAGGGCACCCUGCGAAUGCGUCAAGGAGACGAUUGGGAGGACAUGCUUCGCAAGCGGAUUGUGGCGAUUGAUGAGCGGUUGGCGGCCUAGCCAAAAGUGUUACUUGUCUGCCAUACAGCAUUGCUAAAACAAAUGGAUUACAUUGUGCGUAAAAGAUACAAAGUUUCC